AUGAUUCCGGAGAUUUCAGUUAUUCGCCAGGUGGCGGAGAACAUUGAGGUCCCGUACAAGGUGACCCAGAUGCUUGACUCUGACGCUGAGGUGCGUCUUGACCAGAUCGUUGGCCAGCUCAGUCUUCCUAUUGAGUACCUGAAGGAUGUCGCCCAGAGCUUUUAUGCCGAAUUGGUGAACGGAUUGAAGGCACACCGUCGCCAUCGUAACCUAUGGCUACCGAACGAGUGCAGUUUCAAAAUGCUUGAUUCUCACAUCACCACCGUUCCAACGGGUGAGGAGACGGGAUGUUACUAUGCCAUUGACUUCGGAGGUUCGAACCUUAGAUCUGUGCGUAUCAACGUAAAGGGAAAGGGUACCAUGGAGCGUAUGCAAUCUACGUUCAGCCUUCGUCACGCCACGGCUCUGAGGCCCAAAGGACUGCUUGACCGCACUGCCACUGCCACCGAACUUUUCGACCACUUCGCAAAGAGCAUUGGAACCCUUAUGGAAGAAUCCGGUGAUGCUAAGGACUCCAACAAGAUCUACCCAGUCGGCUUCACCUUCUCGUUCCCCUGCACCAUGCUCACCAAACGCAACGCCAUUCUUCUUGACUGGACGAAGGGUUUCGAAACUGGUCGCGACACCAACGAACAGGUGGAGGGCCGUGACAUUGGAAUGCUCAUGGACGACGCCUUCAAGCGCAACAACGUCAACGGCAGGGUGUCCAUCAUUCUCAACGACACCGUCGGCACCCUCAUGUCCGUGGCUUACCAGAAGCCCCAGGGCUACCCUGAAUGCCGCGUCGGACUCAUCUUAGGCACUGGGUUCAACGUGUGUUACGUGGAGCACGAGUACAUCCGCUACGGCUACAUUGGAAAGGUUAUCAACAUUGAGUGCGGGAACUUCGACAAGGAGCUGCCCAUCACCCCUGUGGACUACGAGAUCGACUGGUACACGUCGAACAGUGGCCGUGGUAAAAUGGAGAAACUGAUUGCCGGGGCAUACCUGGGUGAAAUUAUCCGCCGCAACAUGCUUCUCUAUCUUAGCGAAAAGGCCACCGCCAACAUGUGGAAGGUUGGCACAUUCACUGCCGUGGACGCCGCCGACAUCGUCAACGACAAAUCCGAAGACUACGCAAAGGCGCGCGAAAUCGCUAAGAAAACCUGGGAUGCUGACUUCGACCAAAAAUCGCUUAGAGGUCUUCGCCGUAUAUGUGAGGCUGUGUUUGACAGAUCUGCGGGUCUGGCCGCUGCUGCCAUCGUGGCCACUGCGCGCAGAACCCUCGCCCACGCCACCAGCAAGAUCACCUGCGCCGUGGAUGGUUCUCUGUACGUGAAGAACGAGUGGUACCGCGAGCGCAUGCUCCACUACAUGGAGAAGGUCUCCAGGCCCGACCUUGUCGGUUCGGUGGUCAUGUACGCGUGCGACGACGGCUCUGGCAAGGGUGCUGCCAUCGCGGCGGCCAUGAUAGGCGCUGAAGAGUAA